AUGCUUGCAGAAGCUGUGUACUUUGCAAAGAUAAAUAUGAGCCGCUUCUGUCUGGACACCUAUGUUACCUCCUUUCUGACAGAUCAUACAGCUCGAGAACUGAAGGACGCUCCGGGUAGGCUCUAUCCAUUGCAAUGUGACGUCAGCUGCGAGGAGAAUGUUCUACGGGCCUUCAAAUGGAUCAAAGAGAAUUUAGGAGGGGUCGAUGUUCUUAUCAACAGCGCCGGCAUUUGCAGAGAAAACCUUCCAACAAAUGGUCAGACAGCCGAGUGGCAGCACACACUGGACGUCAACGUCCUGGGGCUGUCCGUCUGCACGAGGGAGGCCGUCCAGAGCGUGCUGGACAGGGGAGUCGACGACGGCUUCGUCAUCCACAUAUGCAGGUAG